AUGUCGGCGGAAACGGUGCGGGCCAUUGUGCAAGAUAAUCAGCUGCGGCACACGUACAUGGCUCUCGUGGGCGUGUUGAGCGACACGUCCCGCGAGGCAGCUGGGCGCUACGGCGUGUCUGAACUUGGCAUGCUGGCGGAUGACUUGGACGCCCACCUCCGUAGUGUGAAUGACAACACGGACGAGGCGUACCGACUGGAGCUCAAGAGGACGACUGCCGCCGGUCAUGCGACCAAGAGGGCGGGGCCGCUCGGGGGACUGCUUUCCGGGCUUUUGGGAGGCAACAAGGGAGGGGAUCGGGGCAAGGCGGAUGCCGGCGAUCAAAACGGCAGCGGAGCAGACGACGCCGCUGGAAACGACGGCGGAGGAGGACUCGGCGGACUGCUGGAGGGUUUGUUGGGCGGCGGGGGAAAAGGCGACGGUGCCGGCGGCAAGGCGGGAGGUCUCAUCUCGAACGCCAUAAGCGGUGCCGUCGGGAAUCUUCUCUCCAAGACGGGCGAUGGCCUCGCCGGGGCAGGUUUCUUCGGAGGCGUCGGUGCCGGCGAGGGAGCGGCCCAGGGUCUCUCGCUGGCUCCGGCGUCCAUGACCAAGAGCACCGCCCAGCAGGUCGCGGCGGACAAUGGCAUGAAGAAUACAGGACUGAACCCGGUGAUUCAGAAUGCGGCCAUGGGACUCACGGCCACCGCUGUCAAGGCCCUCAUGGGCAGCAAUAUCUUGAAAUUGCCGCCGCUCGGUGGUCUGGGGACAUCGCUUGGAUCAGGGAUAGGCAACGGCGCCGCCGUGGGCCUGGGCCUGUCGCAGAGGAAUUCCGGGCCGCCGCUGAACGGGACAAAUCUCGAGGACGCGAUUGGGGGUUUCGGCUUCGGGGCGAGCCAGGCCUUGACCUCGAGCUUGAACGGGACCCAGGGUUUGGCGUCGUUCCUCCCGCCCAUUGACGUCGGGGCGACAGUGGCAGAUGUCGGGACGGGAAUUGGAAAAGGCGCCGCCGUGGGACUCAAACUCACAAACAAUACUGGCGUUGCGCCUCCGCCGCCUGCAUCCGGGUCGGAUAUCCCCCGUCUCGCGGGCACGCUUGCCUUUGGCCUCAGCCAAGGCCUCACCGGCUCCAUCGAUACCGGGACUCUGAACAGCCUUGUCCCCUCCAACCUCGAUAUUGGGGGCACUGUUCUCAACUUGGGAACGGGACUCGGAGGCGGUGCCGCAACCGGGUUGAAGCUCGUCACGCAGAACAAGAACCUCGCUCCUCCUCCGCCCAAGUCCGUGGCCGACAUUCCCGGCAUUGCCGGCACGUUGGCAUUUGGUCUCAGCAACUCGUUUACAGACAACCUCAAUGUCAGCGCGAAUACCCUGGCGUCCAUGUUGCCGCCGAUAGACUUUGGAGCGGCGGCGUUGGACGUCGGCAGCGGCAUUGGCAACGGAGCAGCUCUCGGCCUGAAGCUCACCAACGCCACAACCUUUACACCGCCGCCGCCCGGGUCGCAGUUGGAUAUUCCCAAGGUAGCAGGCACGCUCGCAUUCGGCCUCAGCAAGAGCCUGACGGACUCUGUAAACGUCAGCAGCCUGGCAGGCAGCCUCCCCAGCAACCUCGACAUUGGCGGCGCGGCGCUCAGCGUAGGAGCCGGGCUCGGAAGCGGUGCCGCGCGGGGACUCAAGCUCACCUCCAAGAACAUUGCUCCGCCGACGGCAAAAUCGGCCCAGGACAUCCCCGGCAUCGCGGGCAGUCUUGCGUUUGGCCUCAGCAACUCCCUCACCGACAACAUCAACGUCAGCGCAAACAGCCUCGCCUCCAUGCUGCCCCCCAUCGACUUUGCCAGCGCGGCCCUGGACGUCGGAACUGGUCUGGGCAAGGGAGCCGCCGUGGGCCUGAAGCUGACGCAAAACAACGGCACUGGCUUCUCCAUGGCGUCGCCGGCGUCCGCGGCCGAUAUCCCCAAGAUUGCGGGCUCGCUCGCCUUCGGCCUGAGCAGAAGCCUCUCCGAAUCCGUCAACACAAGCAACGUCGGGCUUGGAAACGUCCUCCCCGCCGACUUUGACCUCGGAAGCGCCGUCCUCGGUGCCGGGCGCGGCCUGGGCAGCGGCACGUCCUUGGGGCUCGGGCUGGCGAGCAACAAGAACUUCACGCCUCCCGCGGCAAAGUCUCAGUCGGAUAUUCCCGGCCUCGCAGAGGCAUUCACCUUUGGGCUCGGCAACUCCUUCACCGACAAGAUCAACGUCAGCUCGCAGGUGAGCAGCCUCGGUUCCAUGCUUCCCCCCAUCGACUUUGGCGCGACGGCGCUCAACACCGGCGCCGGACUGGGCCUCGGUGCCGCCAAGGGGCUCCGUCUGACAAACAAGGCUCUGGCCCCGGCUAGUCCGGCAAGUAUCAAUGACAUACCUAAUAUUGCGGGAAGCUUUGCCUUUGGCCUCAGCGACGCAGUGGCCGGCAAUCUCAACACGACGGAUCUGCUGUCCCAAUUCGGCGGCGGCAGCGGCAGCGGCAUGGACGCCCUUUUCAGCGGAGGCGUCAACGGCCUCCUAUCCAGGUUCGGGUCGCCGGCAGCAUCCGGCCUAGGCAAGGGCCUUGGGAAAGGCGCGGCCAUCGGCCUGGGUCUUCAGCCCGACGGCCCCCCCGAGCCGUUGGCAUCCAUGCCCGCCGGCGACGUCGACAUUGCCGGCAUCACGCAAAACUUUGCCGAGGGGCUCUCGUCGCGGUUCCUUGCGAAUGGGACCGCUACCAAAGCCCUUGGGAGCUUGGGCAACGGCACGGGCGGCCUGGCGAGUCUGACUUCGGGGAUCGACAUCGCCCGCGCGGCCGGUGGCUUCACACGAGGCCUGAUCACGGGUGCCGGGGACGGCGUGCAGGCCAUUGGCGGCAUCAACGCCAUCCUCAACGGGACUUCUAAGCAGCCGAGCGCGGAAGUGCCCGACAGCAGAGUCGAUUUCAACGACUCGACGGGCGGUGCGGCCGUGGGCUUCGGCCAGGGCUUGGGGAGCUCUGGCGUCGUCACGCUGCAGAAGUUGCUCGCGCAGGGCAUCAACUUGGGCGCGGUGCUGUCCGGGGGCUCCAAGGUGAAGAGGGAUGUAGAGGAACCGACCAGGGCGCUGGCGCUGGCAGGUCGAGACGAGGGUGCGGCUUCCGGGCUCAACUUGUCCAGCCUGUUCACGGCGGAUUCCAUCUCUGCCGUGGCGCAAAAGGGCGUCGACGCCCUGACCUGCGAUGGCUUCGCGGGCGUGCUGCUCGUGGCCAGCGGCCUGCAGAGCAGCGGCUCCGUCUCUUUGGGUGGCGGGGGUUUGAGCGAGAAUGUGCAAAACGCCCUGAGGGCGCUCAUCCCCAAGAGCAUGAUUCGCGUCGUGUCGCAGGGAAACACGUUUGACAUUGACGGGAAGCAGUUGGGCGACGUCUUCAUAUCCGGCGGCAACGCGGUGCAAGCCUUGUCCGUCAACGGAUUUCCCAUCAACAUAUAUACUGCGUUUGUAUCUUUGCAUGUUGGGUCUGCCAUUAUUGGGUUGUUUUUCCUCAUGCCCUUCGUCAUGAGUCUCACCAGCCUGCGAAACAUCCUCACUCGCCUACGCGUGCCGGAUGUGCUGCCGAAAUGGACACCCAAGGUCUGCAGGCUGACCGUCAUCUUUGGCGUGAUCCCCUCCCUCAUCCUCCUCCCGGUCUUUGGUAUUCUCGCCGCGUCGGGUACUCAGCAUUUUCGCACCGCCCACGGGAUCCUUGGCCUCAUCACCUUCAUCGUUGCUAUAGCUGCUGUCGUGCUGUACUUUUACUCCAAGCCUGCUGCGCUCACUCCCGGAGACCCCAUCCCGGGAAACAGCCAAGUGACCCGGUUGUCACUCGCCUCCAACCUCGUGUACCAGCUUCUGUCGGUGCUCUUGUUCUUCACCGCCAUCACGGGAUACGCCGACUUGAGCAGUGUGACAUUGUGCUUGACAAGGGCUGUGGUUAACUUUGAGACGGCGGUUUGGAUCGGAAUGGUGCUCGUGCCAGCUUUUGUCAUUGGCCAGUUUUUAACCGGCUCGGAACUGCUGCUGGUAUACCGAGCGCGCAGGAAGGCAAGAAAAGCGAGAAAGGCGGCGGCACGCGAAAAGACACAGGGGGUCCAAGUCGCAGAGGAGCAGUAG